CGUCACGUCACGCGAGACAGUUCUGAAGCCGAGCGAGAAAAAAGAAAAACAUCAACAAUAAGACAGCAUUUCCCUCCAAAUUAACUACCGUGACAGUCCACAGACAUGUCCAGCGCUUCCCUAACGGUCCUGGAGGACGGCAUGGACCCGUAGAGGCUAUGAAUUCCUGCGAGCAUGGAGAAAUUCCAGAUGAAGCAAUGCUUGAGAAAGAACACAAGCAUGUCCAGGACGUUAAGGAGGAAACAGAGGAUUUUGCCAUUUGCGAACAACCUCAAGGACAUCAAGGAGGAACUCCUGGAGCUACAGAAGCCGGGAAAAGGUUGUCUGCAGAGAUGGGUACUGACACACAUCAGUCCACCAGCAGCAAGAGAGCCAGAGUCUCUAAUGAGAUGAGACGGCGCUUGAUAGAGGAAAGCAGCAGACAUGAACCUCUUUGCCUCACCACAACUGGAGAAAGGAGGGACUGUGUCCAGGAGAAAUCCAGAGUCUCUUACAGAAAACCUCUUUUCAGCAUCUCCCACAGGAUCUCAGACAAGAGGAACACACCGAGUCUGGAGCAGCAGACUAAUCAUGACAGCUUGAAUCAGCUCAACUUUAGCAGCAUCCUUUCAUCCAAGCUCCAAAGUCUGGAGCAAAACGGCCCCGUGGAGACUUCCUCCACCACAAACUCUUUGGCCCCCGCCUUGACAACAGAUUCUACUCUUUAUCCACUGAUUGAGAAAAUGUUUUUUAUUCUCAAUACACUGAAUUCAAGCAUGACUCAACUGCACAGUAAAGUGGACUUGUUAACCCUAGAAGUCAUGCGAAUAAAGAAGCAGAUUAAACCAGCUGAGAAGGUGACUGAGUUCCAGCCUCCUCCCGAGUAUUUGUUAACAAGCGAGGAAUUGAAUCAGCUGAUGGAGCAGACAUCCAACGCGGGGGAGCUCGGCUGUCGGUUGCUUGUGCAUCUGUUCCCAGAACUGUUCAAAGCCAGAGAGUGCUCUCAUGACUGCAUGGCAAGCAAGAGAACUCUGGAGUCUUUACAUCUGCAGCUGAUCCGGAACUACGUCGAAGUUUGCUACCCCUCAGCUAAAACCAACAGCGUCUGGCAGGAAGAAUGCCUCCUUCAGAUCAAUGACUUCUUUAAUCGCUUCUGGGCGCAGAGGGACAUGGAGAGUGCUCGGCUGCUCGGGAAGCAGUCCGUCACGGGCAUGGGGAUAAAAGCAGAGCAUCCUCAAGCCUAUUGUUUCAUUAAUGAGCAGGGUAAGGAAGAGCAUAUAUCUCUAGACAACCAGCAGAGCAACCUAGCAGCAUCAGACCAAGUGUUAAAUACACAAAGCACAGAAGAGCUGGAUGAGUUAUCCUCUCCUGAGGACUUUGUUAUCUUUCUGAUGCACCGUCUCUUCCCUGAGGUUUUUGAAGAGGGGAAAAUGCCUGAAGGCUCCAGCAGUUUUAGUAAUGUGGGACAGCUAAUUCUGGACUCUGAUAAGAUGGAAAUUAUAAAAAAGUAUAUGGAAGCAAAUUUUCCUGAAGUACCCGAGGACAGCUGGCUGCAGGUGUGCAUUCAGCAUAUGGAGGAUGCACUCGAGGGUCCACACAGUAAUGGCAACGAGAGUGAACCUGACAACAUUAAUGAAGAGGGCUACGACCUGGCCAGCCUUGCUGAAGAGGUUUCAAUUAUUAACGUUCCUGAAGUGAAUGAAUAUGAAAGACCAAGUCGCAAGUCCAAAAAGUCACUCCUUACCCCAGUGGAUUUUGACAAUCUGGAGAUUCCUCUACCAGAUUUUACUUUUCCCCAGGAGUACCUCUUAUCCAGGGAUCAGCUGAGGAGCAACUAUGAAUGUAGCUUGUCGAUUGGCAACUUUGCCUCUAGACUGCUGGUGCUUAUGUUCCCUGAACUUUUUACCCACGAGAACACUAGAAAGCAAUACAACUGCAGCGGUUCUCUUGGGAAGAAGCAGCUCGACCCUGUUAGGGUAAACCUUAUCCGUCAUUAUGUUCAGUUAGUCUACCCUCGUGCCAAGAACGACAGAGUGUGGAUGUUAGAGUUUGUGGGUAAACUUGAUGAGAGGUGCAGGAGGCGUGACACGGAGCAGAGGAGAUCCUACCUGCAGCAGCGUAAAGUUUAUGGUCAAGAGCCAGAGCAGGACUUUAUCUGCCAGAUGAACCAGUUCAAUCCAGAAAACAUGAGAGAGGAUCAGGAUAUUCCCUCUUUACCUCCUGAGAAAAGCAGCAAAGACUUCUGUAAAAUUCCCCUCGACGAACUGACUGUUUCCAAACCUGACUUUCCAGUACCGUCUGUCUACCUGCUCUCAGACAGCGAGGUACGGGAGAUCGUCCAGCAGAGUCUCUCUGUUGGGAACUUUGCCGCCCGCCUCCUGGUGCGCCUCUUCCCCGAGCUCUUCACGCAGGAGAAUCUGCGGCUGCAGUACAACCAUUCGGGCGCCUGCAAUAAGAAGCAGCUCGAUCCUGUCCGUCUGAGACUGAUCCGUCACUAUGUGGAAGCAGUGUAUCCUGUGGAUAAGAUGGAAGAGGUCUGGCACUAUGAAUGUGUGCCAAGCAUCGACGAACGCUGCCGGCGCCCUAAUCGAAAAAAGUGUGACAUUCUUAAAAAGGCCAAGAGGUCGAGCACUGUGUCUUAGAGUACUUAUCAGUUAGUCAACACUUUGUUAUAAAAUAAUUGCACAGUAUAUAAGCUGAAAUUGCAUCGUUGAACUUUUAAAACUGUCUUAUGUAGGAUGAAGCCAAGCUGUUAUAAGUUUCUUCAGCACUAUUCUUACUCAUAUUAAAUCUUUUGGCCACAACAGCAGAUGUUCUAGAUCGGGGGUCUGCAACCUGCAGCUCCGAAGCUGCAAGUGGCUCUCUGGACUUUUCACAGGCUUUUUUUCUUCUUUAACAUGAUUUUCCAAAAAUAUCUAACCCUAUCCCAUAGAUAGAAGAAAGUCUGUCUAUGCUCUUUUUACAAAUGUUUUGUUUUUUGUUCAUUUUAAAACCUCAAAAUAGAAAUUAAAAAUGUGGUUCUUCGAAAAAUUACAACAAAUUUCCUAUAGUUGAUAUUAAUCAAAAAUUACAAGUCUUUUAUCGAAUGGUCUCAUAACAUUUGUGGCCCUAAACAAGUUUUGUUUAUCUGGACUGAGGGAAAAUUGGCUCUUUAGCUUGUAAUGGUUGCAGACCCCUGUUCUAGUUUAUGUAGUCUCAUUGUUCAAUGACAAAGUUAAACUGCUCCUAUUUAUAAGCCAAAACUGUCAUAGCUUAUCUAACAUGUUUUGUUAGUAAAUGUUGUAGCCUUAAAAACAAUAACAAAGAUAGUAGCUAACAGCAUAGGUCGCAUAAUUUAUCUGUUAAUUUCUUUAUUAAUAGAAAUUAUUCACAGUGAUGUGAUAUAUUUCCAGUUACUGAUGUAGCAUUGUGCCACCACUGUUUUAUUAACAAUGUGCUUACAGGCGGGUCCAUAAAUAUUUGGACAAGUAAUUAUUUGAAAGGUUUGUUCCUGUGUACAUAAAAAAAAAUGUCAAAUGCAGCAGAUCAAGUGUAGACUGUCAGCUUUAAUUCAGGGAAUGCUUUUGUUUUUUAAUAGAACAAUUCUAUAUUCGCACACUCUUUCCGACUUUGUCAUUAGAAAAGCAGACCUUAGAUAUGGAAACUGAACAAAAAAAGAGAUUUUUUUUUUUUAUGCUUUGCUGCAGAUGCCUUCAGUUGCUGCUUGUUGGCCUAGCUGCCUUCAGUUUAAUCUUCUAAUAAUAUGAUUUCAGAUGACUUAUGAUAAUGAUAAUUCUGUUAAAAAAAAGAGAAAAGAAACAGCAGCAUGGCUUGUUUCGUAUUAUCUUCUGGAUUGUUAUCAUUUAUUCAAUACUACCCAAGCAGUCAUAUUUCAAAUCAACACCCCAGCUGAUGGGCUUGAGGACUGCUACUCCUUGAUCCCUCAAAAUAAACCUAAUGGGGUCUAUCUGUAGAGCAGUUGGUUGGAUCUCCACCUCAAUCAUUCUGAUUCUUGAACAAUCAUAUUUAAGAACUCUCAUCCUUGUUUUGAUGCAGGCAAAGACUAAUCCGGUUUCUCCAGUGAUUUAUAUCUUUAGGUAAACCCUCUCUAAUCAUACUAAUUUUAGAUAUCUUAUGUACUUUUAACUGUUAAUGAAAGAUUUGUGAUAAACCCCCAAGAAUAAAAGCUGAAAGUUUACACUUCAACUUCGAUUGGAAAAACCAUGGUGUUCAAAUAAUUGCAAAUAUUUUCUUGUCACAAUAUUUAUGGGAUUGACUGUAUGUUAAGCCUUCUUAUAGAAGUAUUAUAAAGAUAAUUUAACAUGACAAUGGAUCAUGGUAACCUAUUUCUAAUAAAAACAGUUAAAGAGA